UUGACGGUUUAAGCAACCAAGGCAGUUGUAGUGGAAUUCCUCGAUUCUUAUUCUUCCUUCUCGUUUUCUUUUUUUCCAGUUAAUACUUGCAAUCCGACUGCUAAAACCAGUAAACCACCCCUCCCAACCAUAAAUGACUUUCUUUGCGAAAAGCUACACUUCCACCAUCCAAAUUUAGAGUUUGUAGAAAUUGAGAGUGUCAUUUCGGGAUUAGAACAGAUGCCUGGUCAUGAGAGCUGUCUGGCAGCCACCAGCUGCUGUCCAGCAUUGGCAACUGCCAUCCAGCCUGGACUGGAAUCAAUGAGUUCUAGCUCAGCAGAGUACUACCUGCCACUCCGGCAGACAGUGCUUUCCUCUCUUCUGUUUAACAGUGGACUACAGGCAUGUCUAUCUGUUUAUGAUGGUUCUAACUUUCUGCAGGGGCAGUCUUCUCCAAAACAACAUUCGUUAUCUACUAUCACUGAGCAUGUCCAAAAAGGGUCUGAAUCCUUUCCUGAUAAAGUAAAAAUACCUACUGAUGGAAUUGAUGUCUGGGAAAUCAAUGCCAGCCUGCUGAAAUUUCAUAACAAAGUUGCAUCUGGGUCAUUUGGUGAUCUGUUUAAAGGCACAUAUUGUAGUCAGGAAGUGGCUAUAAAAGUCCUCAAGCCGGAGAGAGUCAAUUUUGAUAUGCUGAAAGAGUUUUCACAGGAAGUCUUUAUCAUGAGGUCUGUUAGAUUACAUGCUCAUAGCUGUGAUAGCUGUAUGAUGAGAGCAUUGCUUUUUGAUGGUCAUGUUUCUGUUUUAACAGAGUUCAUGUCUAAAGGAAGUGUGUACAACUUUCUGCACAAAGAAAGAGGUGUCUUUACGCUUCCUACUCUGCUCAAAGUAGCAAUUGAUGUUUCCAAGGGAAUGAACUAUUUGCACCAAAACAAUAUUAUCCACAGGGACCUGAAGACUGCCAAUCUUCUGAUGGACGAAAAUGAAGUUGUUAAGGUUGCUGAUUUUGGAGUCGCCAGAGUGCAGGCUCAAACUGGAGUGAUGACUGCAGAAACUGGAACAUAUCGUUGGAUGGCUCCUGAGAUCAUUGAACACAAACCAUAUGAUCAUAGGGCUGAUGUUUUCAGCUUUGGAAUAGUGCUAUGGGAGCUUCUAACGGGAGAAGUCAGCUUUUUGGCAUUUUCUUUGGAAAAUUCAUUUAUUUGCUUUUAUCAGCUGUCUGCGAGUUUGCAAUGGCAUUCAUUGAUCUAACUAUCUUUUAUAUUGUACCAUUCAGAUUCCAUACUCCAAUUUUACCCCAUUACAAGCAGCAGUUGGUGUGGUCCAACAGGGUUUACGGCCUACAAUUCCUAAGAACACGCAUCCGAAGCUUGCAGAACUGCUUCAGAGAUGCUGGCAGCAAGACCCAACUCUAAGACCCAAUUUCUCCGAAAUUCUGGAUAUCCUGCCAAAAAUCGCCAAGGAGGUUGGAGUUGAAGGAGAGGAUCGACACAAAUCAAUUGGUGGAUUUUUCUCUGCUCUCAGAAGAGGAGGCUGUUAAAUUAUGAAAGAGAAAAAUGUCCGAUCUUUCGCAAAUUAUACUGCAGUGUACAGUAAUUUGUUUAGAUGAUUAACCAAGUUGUAAUUUAACCCUUUUUCCAGAUAAAUCAUUUCACCUCGUUUUUUUUUCCCUCUUCAUUGUCUUCCGUACCGCAAAUUAGAAAACUUGCUUCAUCUUGGUGCAUAAUACCUACUGCAGUUCAGCGUGCAACACCAGUGGUUAUUUGUACAUGGUGGCAGUAUAUCCCAGCCAAGGUUGGUCAGCAUUCUUGUAGUAUAAAGAUGUUCUAUUGUAAAUCAUCACAUUCUCACUUGGUUUUUGAACCAAAAUAAAAUUUCU